AUGAAAGAUGACCAGGAAAAUGGUUAUAUUUUUGAAGAAGAUUUAAAAUAUCCUAAAAAGCUUCACAAUCUUCAUUCAGAUUAUCCACUGGCUCCCGAAAAUGUAUUUGAUAAUAAAGAAUUACCAAAAUUAACAACUACUCUAUAUAAUAAAAGAUAA